ACAAAAAAUUACAACUUAACUCUAGAUAGACUAAGAUUUACAUUUGAAGUCAAUUACAAUAGGGGAAAUACCCCAUCCACUUCUGACAAAUUGGACGAAUACGAAAGAUUGUACACACUAGGAAGUGGUGCAUUCGCCGUGGUGUAUUUAGUAAAGCACAAAACAAAUAAAACUUAUCAUGCGAUGAAAGUAUCACGUAAAAAAGAGUUACUUACUAAAAGUCCCAAACAAACAGGAAGGAUCGUUAUGGAAAAAAAUUUGCUAAGGUCAAUUCAAUAUCCUUUCAUCAUUAAAUUGGAAGCCACAUUCAAAGACUCAUCGUAUUUAUAUUUUUUAAUGCCUUUCAUCCCAGGUGGUGAUUUGUUUAACCAGUUAAAAAGAUAGAAUGAAAAAGUUUGAUGAAAAUUUGGCAAAAUUUUAUGCGGUACAAGUACUUCUUGCAAUCGAGUUCCUGCAUUAUUGCAACAUUAUAUAUAGAGAUUUGAAGCCUGAAAACAUACUUGUGGACGUUGAUGGUUACCUCAAACUUGCAGACAUGGGAUUCGGCAAGAAAAUCAAUGGAAGAACCUAUUCCUUUUGUGGUACAUUGGAAUACAUGUCGCCGGAAAUGAUAUUGAACAAAGGCUAUGGACUGGCAGUGGACUGGUGGGCGUUCGGAGUGCUGUGCUACGAAAUGAUUGCGGGAGUUGCUCCAUUCACCGGCAAUCCUAGAAAAAUCUUUGAAAAAGUGACCAAAGGCUCCUUCACUUUUACGUCGGAAUUUUCGACUUCCGCGAAAGACUUGAUUAUUAAUUUGCUGCAAACUGACUUAACUAAAAGAUAUGGCAAUCUAAAAAGUGGAACGGCGGAUAUUAAAAUGCAUGCGUGGUUUUCCGAAGUUAAUUUUACAAAAAUCUACAAACAUGAGGCAAUUGCUCCAUAUAUACCUAUCAUUAGUGGUCCAGGUGAUACUUCACAUUUUGAGGAUGCUCAGUCUAAUAAAUUGUGGAACGGUAAAGAAGAUAGUGACACCAAACUUGAAUUUGCAGACUUUUAAAUUAUAUUCUAUAAUAAUUAAAUGAAGGCUAAACAUU